AUGAUGAAGCAAUCAAACUCAGCCCACUCAGUGCUUAUUUAUACAAUGAUAAAGGCAACGCUUUUUUAUAGUUUAGAAAGAUAUCAUGAAGCAAUCGAACUCAAUCCAAGAAGUGCUAUUUUUUACAAUAAUAAAGGCAACGCUUUUUAUGAUUUACAAAGAUAUAUAGAAGCAAUCGAAUGCUUUGACAAAGUAAUCAAAACUCAGUCAAAGCUAUGAUGGUGAUAUUUACUGGAAGAAAUAAAAAUAACUAAAUUCUUUAAUUGGAUUGUUUUUAUGUUUCAUUAUAAAGAGUAGAGUUGCUAUUGAAAUAAGUGAGAUCUAUUAUAAAAUCGUGGAAGUUUCAGAGUUUGGAUUGAUGGACUGAUUCAGCUUCUGUUCUUAUAGUCAGAGUUUAUGUCUGCUGUAAUUCAGGAUUGCAAUCUAAGGAUAAAUCUCUGAUUCAAUUACUCAUAAUUUAUCUAUUUAUAA